ACUUGAAUAUUUUUAAACUACGUCGAUUGUGCUUUCGCCCUACCGCUGUCAUUUACAUAGUUUGAUGAGUGAUUAAUGUAUUUUCUAUCAUGGCAAUUGAACGUUGUGCGCAUGCGACGAAUUUUAUUAUUAGCGGGACGCUUCACAAGAUUACACGGGCCUACAAGCGGCUUUCAGAGUGAAGUAGUCUGUUCUUUUUAUACACACUUACUAUGAACGUACGUCGCAAAAACGAGCUCCUGUCACGGUUGACGGUCGCUAUAUAAGACAGAGUAAUUUACGUGAUAAAGUGUAUAACAGAGUGAAAAUGAUAGGUAACAGGGCUGGGAACGAUAGAAAUAAUGCUGAUAUAAUUCGACCCUAUAAUUUAGCAGCAUUUGAAAUAGUCCCCUCCAAAACAAGUCUUCCUGUACGACAGAAGAGAACACUAUUUACAAGAUCGAUGAAACGCGCCAUUCCUUCGUUUUAUGAAUUGAAACAAUACAUCGGCGUUUUCAUAUGUGGUUUGACAUUAUGGGGAAUAUCGUGGUUCCUAUUGAAGGACGCUGUACAACCUGGAGGGUUUUUGUUCAACAUGGUUGGGAUUGCGACAGCUGGCUACAUACUGGGACAUACUAUCGAACGAUACACAACAAUCACUCCAAUGGUAGGAAUGACUUUAGCAGGUGUUCUGUACAGAAACUUUGGAACUACCAACUAUCUAGAACAUCCAGUUGCUAAUGCUAUAGAUUAUCAUUUAAGACGAAUUUACCCGGUAAUUAUCCUGACGAAGGGUCCGCUUACUUGGAAUUGGGAAUACAUAAAAAAUAAUUCAGUUAAAGUUUUUUCCUUGGCCACUUUGCCUUGGAUUGUGGAAUGUUCGUCUGUUGUAUUCUUUGGUUAUAUUCUGCUGGGAUUUCCAUGGUACUGGGGAUUACACUUGGGUGCAAUAUUAGCUUCUGUGUCGCCAGCUGUGGUAGUACCCACGGUGAAUGCACUUAGUAAAAGAGGUUUGGGCGCAAAAAGUCAGAUUGCGCAUCUUGUCGGCAACGCCGGGGGACUGGAUACCGCGUUCACGGAAGGCAUGUUCGGAGUUAUCAACAGCGCCAUAUUUUAUGAAGCACCGCUCUAUUACAAAAUUGUGAAGGCGGUAUUGGCAAUAUUCCUUGGAAUCUGCCUUGGCAUAUCAUGGGGCAUGCUGGCAGAUAUUAUACCAGAUCACAAGGACUACUAUGCACCUACUAUUAGAAGUGUAGUCAUAUUUGGUGGCGGACUUUUACUUUCUUAUUCCUGCAGUUACUAUGGUUGGGGUGGUACUUCCGGGGUGGCGAUCAUGGUAUGCGCGGGAACUGCAGCAACACGAUGGUCGAGGCGCGGUUGGACAAUUAAUGACAAUCCUGUAUCAGAGGUGUACAAACUCCUAUGGAGAAUUUUUGAGCCUAUGCUUUUCACUUUUAGUGGUUACUUUAUGGAGGUGUCGCAAGUAACAGCAACAGAAAUUUCUCUCUUAGUAGCUUGCAUAUUCUCCGCCUUAAUUCUUCGGUUGGUGACAGCUUUCCUGGUCGCUUUAUCCAACAGAAUGUCGGUAAAAGACAGUCUAUUCACAGCCGUCACAUGGAUGCCUAAAGCCAUUGUUGAGGCCGUGCUUGUACGGGUAGCCGCCGAUUCCCUGAACGAAGAUCCUACAAGCCUGGAUAAAAGAAUUGCUACGCAACACUCAAAUAUAAUAAUUAUUGCCAUACUUAUUACUAGCACCCUGGGGUCAGCUCUCACUACGAUACUUGGACCCAUUUUAUUAUCACAAGACUCAAAAGUGUCUCCUGAAGAGUUUUACCGAACACAGUCUAUAUCUGCACACGUGUCUUCAGAACACAAGAGAAAUAUGUCAAGCUCUCUAGCCAAAUGAUUCCGUGUAUAUAAAUAAUUAUAAUUAUGUAAAAAUCUUUAUUUUAUUUUAUGAUCAAUCUGACAGCGACUACUUAUACAAAA